CAACUAAAAUACAAAAAACAAACAAAAAAAUUGGAGCCAAGCAUCUCAGCACUCAGCUCCUCCAUUCCUGACUACUGACUACUACUACUACAAAUUAGGAAUCAGAAACAGGGAUUUGAAGAGAGAGAGACGUGGAGUUGAGAGAAACACACUAUACACUUAUAACUAUACAGUUUUACAGUAUACACUUAACACCUAAUUUUCUCUCUCCUCUCCUUCAAUGGCGUUGUCUUCAAUCUCUCCAGCUCUAAAUUCAAAUUCCUCCAUUUUUAAUUCCUCAAAACCUUGUUCGUUUCCCUACUAUUCCUCGUCGAAUCACAAGCUCAGUCGCCGCAAAUUCAGAAUUGCUGCCACUGCUACCGACACUCCUCCCGCCUCUCGCAAUGAUCAGAAGCAACUCUCUCCUCUUUCUGGAAAGAGAGUUGGAGAGAUGUCGGCAGAGAUCAAGAGGGUGAGAGCACAGAUGGAAGAGAAUGAAGAUAUAGCUAUACUCAUGAGAGGUCUCAGGGGACAAAAUUUGACUGAUUCACAAUUUGCUGCUGAUGAUAUCCAACUUCGCUUGGUUGAGGUUGAUGAAAGCAGCGAGUUCCUGCCAUUAGUAUAUGAUCCUGCCACCAUAGCUGCGUAUUGGGGUAAGCGUCCACGUGCUGUUGCAACACGCAUUGUACAAUUGCUUUCUGUUGCUGGAGGUUUUCUCUCUCGUCUUGGAUGGGAUGUGAUCAAUAAGAAAGUCAAGGAGAAUGAAGUUGCACGAGCAAUUGAAUUAAGGGAGAUAGUAACCUCUUUGGGACCUGCAUAUAUCAAGCUGGGGCAGGCCCUUAGCAUCAGACCAGAUAUAUUGUCACCAAGUGCAAUGAUUGAACUCCAAAAGCUCUGUGACAAGGUUCCUUCAUUUCCAGAUGAUGUUGCAAUGGCUCUAAUAGAGGAGGAGCUUGGGAAACCUUGGCAGGAAAUUUAUGAUGAGCUUUCACCCUCUCCAAUUGCUGCAGCAUCUCUUGGACAGGUUUAUAAAGGCCGCUUAAAAGAGAAUGGGGAUCUGGUUGCUGUUAAAGUGCAGAGGCCUUUUGUUCUGGAGACUGUAACAGUUGAUUUGUUCGUCAUUCGAAACUUGGGAUUGGUUCUUCGCAAGUUUCCUCAGAUCUCAGUUGAUGUAGUUGGCUUGGUUGAUGAAUGGGCAGCACGAUUCUUUGAAGAGCUUGAUUACAUUAAUGAGGGUGAAAACGGUACUCGUUUUGCAGAAAUGAUGAAAAAGGACCUGCCACAGGUGGUUGUACCAGAAACCUACCAUAAGUAUACAUCGAGAAAGGUUCUUACAACACAGUGGAUUGAUGGUGAGAAACUUUCGCAAAGCACAGAGAGUGAUGUCGGCGAACUGGUUAACGUUGGGGUUAUAUGCUAUCUAAAACAGUUGCUUGAUACUGGUUUUUUCCAUGCUGAUCCACAUCCGGGAAAUCUGAUCCGAACUCCUGAUGGCAAGUUGGCGAUACUUGAUUUUGGCCUGGUUACAAAAUUAACUGAUGAUCAGAAGUAUGGGAUGAUUGAAGCAAUUGCUCACCUAAUUCAUCGAGAUUAUGACGCUAUAGUUAAAGAUUUUGUUAAAUUGGGUUUCAUACCAGAGGGGGUUAAUCUGGAUCCCAUAUUGCCUGUUCUUGCAAAAGUUUUUGAUCAAGCACUCGAAGGUGGGGGAGCGAAGAACAUCAAUUUUCAGGAGCUUGCGUCAGAUUUGGCACAGAUAACUUUUGAUUAUCCAUUCCGGAUACCCCCUUAUUUUGCUCUAAUCAUUCGAGCGAUAGGGGUAUUAGAAGGCAUUGCUUUGGUUGGAAAUCCCGAUUUUGCUAUUGUGGAUGAAGCCUACCCAUACAUUGCCCAGAGGCUCUUGACUGAUGAGUCCUCACGUUUAAGGAUGGCUCUUCGGUACACCAUAUAUGGGAAAUCUGGAGUUUUUGAUGCUGAGAGAUUCAUCGAUGUGAUGCAAGCUUUUGAAACUUUCACCGUAGCAGCCAAAAGUGGAGGGGGACAGAAUAUGAAUGGAAGGAUGGCUGAACUUGGCAUUCUUCAGAGUGAAAAUAGCAAUGAUAUUACUGGUUUUUCUUUGAAUUCGUCCUCGAAUCAGCAGCUUCAGACAAGAGCUGCUUUAGCAUUUUUGCUAUCUGACAAAGGAAACUUUUUUCGAGAAUUUCUUCUGGAUGAGAUUGUAAAAGGCAUUGAUGCAGUGACAAGGGAGCAGCUGGUGAAAACAAUCGGUUCUUUUGGUAUUGUUCCUGUAUUCGGUAUGGUUCCUGCCUUUGGACCCAUUAAACCUGCCAUGCUACUACCUACUAUCACCGAGGAGGACAAAAUUAUCCUAAACAAUAUGCAAAGAGUAGUAGAGUUCCUUACAGCUGGAAGUUCCUUGUCAAGGAAAUCAAAUGAGGUCAUAAAUGUUGAUCGGGCGAUGAGAGAGCUGCUUACGCUAAUGCCAGGCUUAUCUGCGAAAGUAUUGCCGGAAAUAGCUAGUAGGUUGAGUUCAAGAGUCGUAGCACGAUUGAUUCGGGAUUCAUUGUUGUAGUUUCUUGAAGCAAAGUGUACAGUAUCACAUUCUGCUUGUUCACAACAUAUUCAUCAACGGAGUAUAAAGUAUCUUCUCCUACGCUUAUAGAAGGCUCUCUCAUGGAAACAUUUCCGUGAAACCUGUUAAAAUCAAGGAGCCAUGGAACUGUUGCUACAUCUACAUUUUUAGACUCUUAGUGACAGGUUAUAGAAAUACACUCAACAUUACCAAUGUAAGUAUGACUAUAUGUAAUUAAGAAGGAGAAAGAUGAUGAUCAUUUUCUUUUCUUUUGGCUUUGUUUUCUUUUAUUUAUAUCAAUAAGUGUUACAUUAAUUGAGAAAGAUCAAUGAUUUUAAUUUGAUACGGCUGUAUAUUUAUAGCA